AUGACUCCGAGCCCGCCCCCAGCGCGCGGUAGCGGGCCCGGAAAGUUUGUCCCGGGCUCGGGGAACGGAACAAAAUGCGGGUUCCGAUCGGUGCUGGCGGCCGGCCCGGGGCGCGGCGGGCCCCGCUCGGUGGCUCCGGAACGCGCGGAGGGUUCGGGGCCGCCCGGGCCGCGCUCCUCGCCCGGCUCUGCCAUCCCGGCCAUUUCCCGGCGCGGCUCCCGCUCCUCCUGCCCGGAGCUCGCCGUGUCCGUGGGUCCGGUUCUGGCCGUGGGUCCGGCUGUGUCCGUGGGUCCGGCUGUGUCCGUGGGUCCGGUUCUGGCCGUGGGGCCGGUUCUGUCCGUGGGUCCGGCUGUGUCCGUGGGUCCGGUUCUGGCCGUGGGGCCGGUUCUGUCCGUGGGUCCGGCUGUGUCCGUGGGUCCGUCUGUGUCCGUGGGUCCGGUUCUGGCCGUGGGGCCGGUUCUGUCCGUGGAAAUCAACAAUAAAUUGAUUUUUAAAUGGUUUCAUCUGGAAUUUUUAUUUUUUUUUGCCCUUUUUUUCCCAGCUUGUUAUGGAAUUGUCCAAGUUCCCACCGGCCCCUGGUUCUGCCGGAAAUGCGAAUCCCAGGAAAGAGCAGCCAGGGUGAGGUGCGAGCUGUGUCCCCACAAGGACGGAGCCCUGAAACGCACGGACAACGGCGGUGAGUAUUUUCCGAUAUUCCCACCCGCAAUUCCGCCCUCCGCGAUUUUUCCCAACAAAUUCACUUUGGAAAGGAAUUUUACCUGCUACAUCUGCGAGGAGCAGGGCCGGGAGAGCAAAGCGGCCUCCGGGGCCUGCAUGGCCUGCAACCGCCACGGCUGCCGCCAGGCCUUCCACGUCACCUGCGCGCAGAUGGCCGGGCUGCUGUGCGAGGAGGAGGUGCUGGAAGUGGACAACGUCAAAUACUGCGGCUACUGCAAAUACCACUUCAACAAGAUGAGGAGAGGGAUGAAGGAUGAGGAAAAGGAGAGUGAAGAAGGGAAUUUCCCGAUGAUGAAGGAAGAGGAAGAGCAGCACGAUGAAGCACCAGCCCCCCCUCCAUGCCCUGCUCGCUGCCCUCUGAGCUCUUCCCUUCCCUCAGGCUCCUCCUGCGGCCUUCCCGCCUCCCAGGACCUGCUGCCCUUCCCCAAACUGGAGCAGGAGGACGAGAAAUUCCGCAAAGCCUCCGGCUCCGCCUCAUCCUCGCGCUGCUCGCCGCUCUCCGAGGCCGCCAAGGCCGACACCUUCGAGCAGAAGGUGAUCUUCUCUGGCUUCGGCUCCGUCAUGCGCUUCUCCACCUCGGCCGCGGCCCCGCCGCGAGCCCGCGACGCUUCCCCCGUGGAUUACAAAGGUUCUGGAGGCUCCGCGGCCGGAUCCGCGGCCGGCCACAAGCGGAUGCCGCCGCUGGGCGCCGAGGAAGGCGAAGGCCUCAAGGAGAAGAAGCACAAGGGCAGCAAGAAGAACAAGCACGGCCCCGGCAGGCCCAAGGCAGGCAAAGGCAAAGAGGUUCUGGGGGCUCAGCUGGCCGGAUCCACCUCCACCUCAUCCUCGCCCUUCUCCGGGGGAUCCCUCGUCAGCUCCAGCGUUGGGAAUUCUUCCCGGAGUUUCGGCCACCCCGGGAGUCUGCCCAGCCUCAGCGUGGAGUCGCCGCUGCUGGGCUCAGGACCCCGGGCCCUCUGUCCCUGUCCCCGCACAGAGCCGGACCUGGAGGAUUGCGGCUUCGGCUGCCGAGGGACGUCCCCGCAGGAGAGCCUGUCCUCCAUGUCCCCCAUCAGCAGCCUGCCGACCCUGUUCGACCAGACCGUGUCGUGCAGCAGCAGCGGGCAGCUGGACAAUGUCCCGCAGGCCACCCCUAACAUCGAGCAGCUCCUGGAGAAACAGGGGAACGGCGAGGCCGGCGUCAACAUUGUGGAGAUGCUGAAGGCGCUGCACUCGCUGCAGAAGGAGAACCAGCGGCUGCAGGAGCAGAUCAUGACGCUGACGGCCAAGAAGGAGCGGCUGCAGCUGCUCAAUGUCCAGCUGUCCGUGCCCUUCCCCGUGGUCACCAGCAGCAACGGCGCGGGCAGCCAGGCGCAGUACAUCCUGCCCGCCAACGUGUGCGCCGGUGACUCCCUGAGCAUCAGCAAGAGCCCCCCGUGCAAGAACAGCUUCGGCAUCGAGAACUCGCUCUCCACGUCCUCCGAGGACCCUCACUCGGGCUGUCCCAGCAGGAGCAGCUCCUCCCUGUCCUUCCACAGCACGCCCCCGCCCCUGCCCAUGCUGCAGCCCAGCCCCGCCUCGCUGCCCCUGCCCGGGGCGCAGCAGGUGAACGGCCUGGCCAGGCUGGCAGGCGGGGGGCUGGCCGGAGGCUCCGGGGCCGGCCACAGCCUCUCCGCGGUGCCCAUGGUGGACGGCCUGCUGGGCAGCCUGGCCGGAGCCCAGCAGAUGCCCCUCAACGGGAUCCUGGGGAGCCUGAACGGAGCGCAGCCCGCCCCUCCUCCGAGCGCGCUGAGCCAGGCCAGCGGGCCCCCGGCCCUGCAGCUCUCCACCAGCCUGAGCAGCGUCGCCAGCCUGAGUCCCCUGACGGAGCAGCAGCGGCACGUCCUGCAGCAGCACGAGCAGCAGCUGCAGCAGCUCCAGCAGCUCCUGACUUCCCAGCCGCUUAACCCGGAGCAGCAGGCGCUGGUGUUCCAGAUGAUGCAGCAGAUCCAGCAGAAGCGGGAGCUGCAGCGGCUGCAGAUGUCGGGCUCGUCCCAGCUGUCCCUCCUGGCCGCCACCUCGGCCCCGCUGCACUCCAGCCCCGGCGCGCUGCUGACCUCGGCCGCUCCCAGCGGCGGUUCCCUGCUGGCCUCGCUGUCCCCGCAGCAGCUGAACCCCGGCGGGGCCCUGCUGGCCCCCCAGGCCACCCCCCCGCUGGCCCCGGGCCCGGCCAUCGCCCCCGUGCUGGCCCAGCCCAACCCCUUCCUCAGCCUGCAGCCCGACGGCGGCACCCCCAAGGGAACGGUGGGUACGGGGCUGGCGCUGCCCGGGAGGGGACAGCGGGGGGACAGCUCCUGA